AUGGAUGUAGAUUCGCCGGCAGACACACCGAGGACAAAACUCCAGAUUGCAGCUAUUUUGGUAGCCUUGAAUCUCGCUCUGUUCGUCGCAGCCUUAGAUCAAACGAUUGUCUCAACGGCACUACCGACCAUCGCCUCUGAGCUCCAUUCUGCCAGUGGCUAUACAUGGGUUGGCUCAGCAUAUCUACUCGCUAAUGCCGCCGCCGCACCCAUCUGGGCCAAAUUAUCAGACAUCUGGGGCAGGAAGCUCAUCCUCUUGGUAUCGGUAGCGUGGUUCUUCGUAAGCUCCAUCAUAUGCGCCACUGCACCCAGCAUGUCCGUCUUGAUUGCCGGACGUGCUCUCCAAGGUGUGGGUGGUGGAGCACUGAUCCAAGUUACCAUCAUUACAAUCUCAGACUUGUUCAGCAUGAGACUUCGCACCUUGUUUAUUGGACUCAUGGAGUUCAUGUGGGCUCUUGCUGGCGGUAUUGGUCCCAUCGUGGGAGGUGUCUUUUCUGAGACUGUUUCUUGGAGAUGGUGUUUCUGGGUCAAUCUGCCCAUCUCUGGAACAGCUUUCGUCCUGCUUCUCUUCUUCCUGGAUGUUCACAACCCCAGAACAAAGGUCGUCGAAGGCAUCAUGGCAAUCGACUUUUUGGGAAGCCUGUGUAUCCUAGGAUUAACACUCAUGUUACUCCUCGGUCUCGACUUUGGCGGUGUGAUCUUCCCCUGGUCAUCACCAAAAGUCAUCUGUCUGAUCGUCUUCGGCGUCGUAAUGGGCGGUCUUUUCAUCUUGAGCGAGAAGAAAGUCGCUCGCUACCCUCUGAUGCCAUUAGGCGUAUUCAGCCACCCCUCAAACAUUGCAGUUCUCGUGGUGACUUUCUGCCAUGGCUUCCUCUUCAUCGCAGCCGAAUACUUCUUGCCCCUGUACUUCCAAUCCGUCAAGCAAGCUUCUCCCAUCCACUCGGGAAUCUACAUUUUACCACUCACCCUGUGCGAAGCAUUCAUGGGCAUCAUGUCCGGCAUAAUCAUCCACCGAACAGGCCGCUACCAAGAACUCAUCUGGACGGGCAUGGCUUUGUGCACCCUAGGCAUGGGUCUCUACAUCUACAUCGAUGCCUCCACACCUCUAGCCACUAUUCUCGGUCUCGAAGUCGUUGAAGGCUUGGGCGCAGGAAUGCUGUUUGAACCUCCUUUGAUUGCUAUGCAGGCGUUGGUGAAACAGGAUGAUGUGGCUACUGCGACGGCAACGUUGGGUUUCAUUCGUAACCUUGCGACUUCAAUGUCCAUCGUCAUCGCUGGGGUUGUGAUUCAAAACUCCAUGGCUUCUCGAUCUUCGGCUCUUGCUGCCGCUGGCCUUUCGCCAAAACUUCUCGCUGACUUUACUGGUGGAGAUGCAUCCGCGAACGUAGAAAUGAUCAAGGAUAUCGUGGAUGUGGGACAGAGGAACGCAGUCAAGGAAGCUUUUGCGUUUAGUCUGCAGAGAACGUGGAUCCUGAUGACGGCCGUCAGUGCCUUUGGGCUGGUGGCGAGCUUCUUCAUCGUCAAGUCUCAUUUGAGCAAGGAGCAUACCGAGACCAAGACGGGUAUAAAGGAGAAGGAGCAGCCGACUUCUACCUGA